UUCCGGCGGGAACCGGAAGAUGCGGUCACACAGAAUCCUGAGUCUUCUGACACGCCUGGUGGGAAGAUGUCAUCAUUGCCAAGAAGAGCCAAAGUAAAGGUCCAGACUGUGGAAUCCAAAGAUGAGUUUUCUUCCUUCUCUGAGUUAUCAUCUGCUUCUGAAGAAGAUGAUAAGGAAGAUAGAGCCUGGGAGCCCCAAAAGAAGGCCCCCAGAAGCCGUAAGCAACCUGUUCCCAAGGAAUCCAAACCAAAGAAGGUGCCACGGGUGAAGAAGAAUGCCCUUCAAAUUGUUGAUGGCUCAGAAGGCGUGAGUGUUAAGGAGGAAAUGAAUAACUCAGUGGCUAUUGCUGAUGUUGAUUUGGAGGACAGCAAAGACAAAUUGGGUACUGUGCAGACUCUGACAACAGCAAAGACAAAACGGAAAAAUUCAGCGCUGUCCACCUCCGCUCAAAGGACCAAGAAACUAAAACUUAAUGAAGAAACCAACAAAGCCAGCAAUGUAGAGAGCGGGGAUUACAAUAGAGAGACACCGUCCACAAGCACCCUGUGGGAAGGUGCGUGCAGGAAGGAAGAGAGUGAAGAUGACUUUCGGUUUGGUCCGUCCCCGCUAAAGAAAAUGAAGACUGAAAUAAGUCCUCAGGGGCAGCCUGUCCGGCUUCUGGCAAAUGCCAGCAAUAUUAAAGAGGAUGUGGAAAUGCACUGGGACAUAGUGCAGGUUUUAUCUGAGAGAACUAAUAUUGAAUUUUGGGUUUGUGCCAACAUCAUUCAACUCUUUAAUGAUGAUAACACAAUUCCUUUUAUUGUACGUUAUCGAAAAGAACUCAUUAAUAACCUUGAUGCGGAUGCCUUGAGAGAAGUUCGGCAAACCCUAGAAGAACUACGGGCUGUUGCAAAGAAGGCUCAUAGUACAAUCCAAAAAAUUAAGAAGGAGGGGAAGAUGUCUGAGUGCUUGUUAAAAGCCUUACUGAACUGUAAAACUUUUGAAGAACUAGAACAUGUGUCGGCUCCAUAUAAAACUGGCAGCAAAGGCACCAAAGCUCAGAGAGCAAAGCAGUUGGGGUUGGAAGGAGCAGCCAGGACACUGCUUGAGAAUCCAGGGCAGCUCAAUCUUUUGUCAUACAUCAAACCCAAUGUAAAAGGCCUUUCAGUGCUCCAGGAUAUUGAAACAGGAGUGCAGCAUAUUUUAGCAGACAUGGUUGCUAAAGACAAAGACACGCUUGACUUCAUUAGGAAGUUGUGUCAAAAUAGAUAUAUUUGUAUCCAGUCAUCUCUAGCAAAAGUGUCUUCAAAGAAAGUAAAUGAGAAAGAUGUUGAUAAGUUUCUACUCUACCAGAAUUUUUCUUGCAACAUAAGAAACAUCCAGCAUCAUCAGAUUCUGGCAAUUAAUCGUGGAGAAAAUUUGAAGAUACUGACAGUCAAGGUUAACAUUUCUGAUGGAAUAAAGAAUGAAUUUUGUAGGUGGUGCAUCCAAAACAGGUGGAGACCACGUGGCUUUGCAAGACCAGAGUUAAUGAAGAUCUUACACAGCUCCCUGGAUGAUUCCUUUAAACGCCUUAUUUAUCCUCUCCUGUGUAGAGAGUUUAGAGCCAAACUAACUUCAGAUGCAGAGAAGGAAUCAGUAAUGAUGUUUGGAAGGAAUCUUCGGCAGCUCCUUUUAACAAGCCCUGUUCCAGGACGCACUUUGAUGGGAGUAGAUCCUGGUUACAAACAUGGCUGCAAAUUAGCUAUAAUUUCUCCUACCAGUCAGAUACUUCAUACUGAUGUGGUUUAUUUGCAUUGUGGACAAGGCUCCCGAGAGGCAGAGAAAAUUAAGAGACUUUUGCUGAAUUUCAACUGCAGCACUGUGGUCAUUGGAAAUGGAACUGCCUGUCGAGAAACAGAAGCUUAUUUUGCUGACCUGAUAAUGAGAAAUUACUUUGCACCACUGGAUGUUGUUUACUGUAUUGUCAGUGAAGCAGGAGCAUCAAUAUAUAGUGUCAGUCCUGAAGCUAACAAGGAGAUGCCAGGACUGGACCCUAAUUUGAGAAGUGCAGUUUCCAUAGCAAGGCGUGUACAAGAUCCUUUAGCAGAGCUGGUGAAAAUUGAACCAAAACACAUUGGAGUUGGAAUGUAUCAGCACGAUGUAUCCCAGACUUUGCUCAAGGCGACACUAGACAGUGUUGUAGAAGAAUGUGUCAGCUUUGUGGGAGUGGAUAUUAACAUCUGUUCAGAAGUUUUGUUAAGGCAUAUUGCGGGUCUCAAUGCCAAUCGAGCCAAAAGUAUUAUUGAAUGGCGAGAGAAAAAUGGACCUUUUGUCAAUAGAGAGCAUCUGAAGAAAGUGAAAGGGCUGGGUCCAAAAUCUUUCCAACAGUGUGCGGGCUUCAUCAGAAUCAACCAGGAUUAUAUUCGAACCUUUUGCAGUCAGCAAACUGCAUCUGCAGGCCAAAUUCAGGAAGUUGGUGUGACAUCUUCAGCAGGUGUUGAGGUUGCAAAUGAAAAGCAGGGCAAGAAGAAGGGCAAAACUGCAGUGAAUGUUGCACUGAAGCCAAAUCCUUUGGACCAAACUUGUAUUCACCCAGAAUCAUAUGGCAUAGCAGUGAGGUUUUUAUCAUUCUUUGGAGGAACAUUGUGUGAGAUUGGGAAGCCAGAAAUGCAACAAAAAGUGAAUCUAUUCCUUGAAAAAGAAGGAAUAGAGAAAAUUGCAGCAAGAUUGCAAACAACAGUGCACACCUUACAAGUCAUCGUGGAUGGUCUCAGCCAACCUGAAAGCUUUGACUUUCGAACAGAUUUUGAUAAACCUGAUUUCAAGAGAAGCAUAGUCUGCCUGGAAGAUCUGCAGGUUGGAACAGUUCUUACAGGCAAAGUUGAGAAUGCCACUCUUUUUGGAAUUUUUGUUGAUAUAGGAGUGGGGAGAUCAGGUUUGAUUCCCAUACGAAAUGUAACAGAAGCAAAACUUUCUAAAACAAAGAAAAGAAGGAGUCUCGGACUAGGCCCUGGAGAAAGAGUGGAAGUUCGAGUACUCAACAUUGAUAUUCCCCGAUCUAGGAUUACUCUGGACCUCAUUCGAGUGCUGUGAGGGACUCACUGAAGGCCAAACACUAAUUUUAUUUUCUCACUUCUAAGAAUUAGAUGUUUGUGAAUUCUAGCUAGCAGAUGAGAAGAAAGUCACUUAAUAUAAGAAGUACUUUCUAAAUACUUUUCUUAUUUUUCCUUCCGAAUAAAUAGCAAACUAACAGUUGGAUUUCUUUUCCUCUUGAAGAAGAAAACCAAUAGACAUCUUUAAAUGGCUUUAUGUAGUAAUGAUUUUCUGACCAAAAUUUUAUUUUUUGUAAUUCAUCUUUUGACUCCUUUUGCAUUUUGUAUAGCAGAUUGUUUCACUUCUACUUGCCAACAUCCCUUGCUGAACUUGUAUGGAACUAUCUUACUGAUUUGAAUUGUACAGUAUUUCUUGACAUAGUAGGACUGGCAAUACUUAAUCCUUCCUUUUUACGGACCUUUAUAAUCAGGACUUUUGGAUGUGUUCAUGACCAUGACAGAACAGAACAGAUCUUGAUAUAAUCAUCAAGUGAAUGGAUCAAAACAUUUCUCUGAGGAUGUAUGUACAGACCCUUACAAUAAAGUUUAUGACUCAUGA